AUGGGAUCAGAAUCCGACGAAGAAAUAUCCAAGGCUAUGGGAGAAGUAGAGGAGGCCGCAAAGGCGCCGCAAAGGAAAACUAAGUCUACCGCAAGUAAAACGAAACCCACCGCAGAUAAGUCGCAAACUGAACAUAAAAGGAACAAGCUUAUAGAGCUGUCUAGGGACGGCGUAAUUGAUAAGACCGCAAGUUUCAUAAGAAAGUCCAACAAAGAUGUUAUAGAUAGACUGUACCAGGAGUAUGAGAGUCAGAGGAUGUCAUGCGCAAGUGACUUCUUAUCAACACUUAUUAUCUCAAAGUUUGCUUCCAUACUAGGAAGUUUUAAUGCGGUGGAAUCUUCCAAGAAGCUGUCAAAGGAACUACUUAGCGAUAAGCUCUUAAAGGAUGACGUAUCAUAUCUAACUAGAAUGAUAUCCCCGAACAUUCCGUUCAUAGGUCUCAUAUCAGGUGGAUGCACAACAGCUAAGCACGUGGUUGCUCACAAGUGGAAUAAGAAGGAAAAGACUGAGGAAAUAUCCGAGGAAGCAAAACAUAUCCUAUUACAUAGUGAAGAAGAAUGUCAGACCACGAGUGGGAGAACGCCUGGGAAGGAACAGAAUUCGAAUCCAUAA